AAUCAGAAUACUUUCUUUCUGUACACGUGCCAUUUUAUUGCUUUCACAAAUAUUCAACAUAAUUUGUUAAUGCUAGAAAAGAUGAGGUCUAAAAAUGGUGCUUGUCCUUUGCCAAUUGAAGACAGCAGCGAAAGUGACGAAAGCAGCGAUGAAAGCGAAGAAGAGGUCAUUCUUUUUUUAACUAACUUCCCUCAUUACUUUCGAGAGCAUGAUAUGAUGGACAUAUUUGAAAAAUAUGCAUCUGUCCGACCGAGAGUCAAAAUCACUAGAGAUAGGUUUUUGAAGCGGAUAGGUUUUGCAAUGGUUGAGGAACAUCUGGUUCCUAGAGUUUGUCGAAAACUCGAUGGUUUACUAUUGAACAAGAAAGGAAGAGAGAGGUUUGUAAUAAAGAUUGCACCUAAGAAAAAACGACGUCAGAGAAAGAGGAAGAAGCAAUCUGGAAAUGACGAAGAUCUCUUUGAAUUUCUUGGCUACUGCAGUAGUGAGACUGAUGAAGACGAAACGCCAAACGAAGGAAAACCAGCUGAUAAAAAGAAGAAACCUCAGAAAGAGUGGGAAUUUGACGAAAACUUUUUACUUGAUUGGCAUGAUGAAUAUGGAGACACAGAAGAGGUUACAAAAGAUCGAAAAAAAUUUUUGGAGAAUCAGAUAGAAUAUCCAAUAUUUCGAGGUUCUACGAUAAUUAAGCCCACGGAUAUUUCUUUAGGGAAAAAUUGUUUAUUUAUUAUAUAUAACAAUGACGAAUUCGUAAAGAUUUGCUCGUUAAUGCCUGAAAAGCCUAUUAGAAUAUUUUCACCAAUUAUCUCGGAACUCGUUAUUGUCAUGCACAAAAAACAGUUAUAUAGAGGACUUGUGCAAGAGGUGAAGGACAAUGGUAAAUAUGCUGUAAGACUCAUUGAUGUUGGAAAGACAAUAAAUACAUCACGUUUUUUUGAAAUAUCGGAGGAACUAGCCAUGAUAAAACCUACAUCAAUUGAAUGUGAACUAUGUGGAAUAGAGCCUCUCCGUUUGAACUCUGAUUAUAUACUUCCGUAUGCAACUGUUAUCAGGAAACUUUUGAAAAGUCCAGCUGUUGAACUUGAAAGUCUUUUCUUUUACGAAGGUGUACAUUAUAUAGAUAUUAAAUUCCUUGACACUGGCUUAAAAAUAUCAAAGUGGCUUAUAGAUAAGCAAAUAGUACAAAGACUGCCCAUCAGAGGCUAUUUUGAAGGGAGGAUGUCCUUUGCAAAAGAUCCUCACAAGAUAUUUAUUCAAUUUAAUUCUUCUUUAAUUAAAUCAAUUGACCGUGAGCUGUCUCAGGAAGACUAUGUAGAAUCGUUAGAUAAUACUGGAUACUAUACUGGCAAGAAAGUACUUGCAGGCAGAAGAGAGAAAAAUAAGAGAUGGUUUAGAGUCAUAGAGAAAAAUUCAGGCCUUGGAUAUCUUCUUGAUCGUGGGACAACAUGUAAAAUUUCAGAAGUCAAAAAUCUUCCUGAAAACAAAUUAACUCUAUCUCCCCCUCAAGCAUAUCAAUUCGAAUUUAAUCGGACGAUCAACUCAAAAGAGAAAGAGAUAAUUAAGUCUUUUAUUGGAAAGGACGUUUGGAUAAAAGUGAUCGGACCUAGAGUCAUUGAAGAAAUAUAUUGUUUCAAUGAUACUGAUACGCCAGAAGUUGUAAAAAGUUGUCUGACAACAAAUACAGAUGAUAUAAAGACAUGGAAUAUUAAAUCCCAAAAGAAAUUAUUUAUCAGUCUUAAAGAAUUUAAAUCUUUUCCUGAUAAUGGCUUCAGCAAGUGCUACAAUAAAAAAAAUGAAUUAUACUUGGAAAAUACUCCAGUGCGUCGAAUAGAUUUAAAGUCGAUUAAAGAAAUUGACUUAGACACAAAAUUUAAAGAUGAAUAUUUUUCUGAUUAUAAAUCAGUAAAGCAAAUUAAUUUACUCGAAUUUUCCCAAGCUAAUUCUAAUUCUGUCGGGAAGCAUUCAUUCAAAAAAAGAGAGUCUUACAUUUUUAUUGAUAAAGGACACUUUACCCAAAACAACAAAUUUGAAUUGUGCGAAGAAACUGACUAUUGUUUAGAUAUUGAAAGUGACACGUAUGUGUCGGAUAAUGUACAACACAUCAGCUCAGAAAGAGCAAUCCCAAACAAAACAUUUAGCCCUUCUGAGAAAGCCUCAAUAGAAAAAUCACCUGAGGGUUUAAGAAUAAGAGUACCAGUAGCUUGUGACGAAGAAAAUAUCUUCUUGCUAAAUUCAUCAACCAGUAAAUGCCAAGAAUGUUAUAUCAUGCGAAACUAUUAUUCUUUUUAUAAGGUAAAUGAAGAUAUAAAGUCUACAAUCACACGAAUGGGUCACCGUACAAAGGAAUUUCUUAAUGGAGACUUGCUUGCUGUUAAAAUUGAUGGAAUAUGGCUAAGGGCCCAAAAACAAGAGAACGGAUUCUAUUGUUUAGAUUUAUGCGCAACAAUUCCAAAAGAAAGAGCGAGUCAAAUUGAUCUCCUACCUGAAAGUACUUUUAAAAUUCCUUUGCUUUCCAUUAAGGUAGAAAUUGAGCGUUUACAAAACUUUCAACAAAACGACGUUAUAAGAGUAAGAUACAUACAAAUUUACAAGGAUAGAAUUGUUGCGAAGGAAAUGGACAGCGAUAAAAAAAUACCCAAACCAGAUAAUAUUCUUUAUAAUCUUAUGAGAGGCGUUCAAGUUGGGCGUUGUAAAAAUUUUGAAAAGAAGCAUCAGCAAAUACAUCGUCAACAUGUCUUACCUGAUGGAAUAUCUUAUGGUAAAAUAAUGUCUGCUGAAUCUCCUUCGCGAUUCUCUUUGUUACUUGAUGAGAAGGCAGGAGAAUAUGAAAGUAUACUUAAAAGUAAUCUGUAUUUUGCUGAAAGAGGAGCUCCUAUGAUAUAUCCUGAGAAAGAUCAAAUGGCUGUCGCGUACUAUAAAUCAAAAUGGCAAAGAGCAAGAGUUUUAGAUUACGGAGUAUCUAGAGUCUCACUUCGUCUUAUUGAUCUUGGUAAAACAGAUGAAAGAGCAAUUAUAGAUAAAAUGCUGUAUGUUCAACCUGAGGUAUGGGAUAAGCCACCUGCUAUGAUUGAUUGCGAAUUGUUUGGUGCUUUCCCAAAACUAGGAGACAGCUGGACGUUGCAAGACAAGAAAUUUUUUGAGAACCUGGUCAUUGGUAAAACAUGCAAAAUUCAAAAUUUAUCAAGAAAAGAUUCUAAAAAUUCAGUUCGAGUUUUCAUAGAUGAGUCUGAUAUAAGGUCACAAUUGAUGGAAUGUCAAAUAGGAUCGUGGAGGAAUGAUAUACAUGAAGUUGAUAUAGGGGACCCUCAUAAAAACAUAUUUAAAUAUAGUCAAAUUCCUAUAUUGCAUCUAGAGAAGGGCACUAAUUUCUGCUUGCAUAUUUUAACUAAAAAUCCACUUCCAUCAUUAUUUAGAGGGAGAAUUAUACAUCUUGAAACAAUGGAAAGAAUAGGUAAAAUGAGUAGCAGUAUGACUAAAAGAUUUGAAAAAAAUCCGAAAGUUUUUCAAGUCAGGAGAAGAUUGGUAGCUGGAGAAGUUGUUUUUUCUUAUAAUAAGAAUUUUAAGGCCUUUUAUCGAUCUGUCAUUUUAAGUGGUCCCAAACAUAACAUAUACAAUGUCAUGUUUAUUGAUAAUGGGACAGAAGAAGAAAUAAAUAUUAAAGAUAUGCGAUGUCCAACAAACGAUGAUUGUAUAUCAUCUAUUCCUAUACCAAUUAGGAAUUUAGGCUUCACCUACUCUCGAAAAGAAACGUUUAGCGACGCUGAAUUAGAAAAAUUUUCAUCUAUAGUUUCAGAAACCGAUGGAAAAUUUUUUGUUAAGCUAGCUUUCAUUCGAGGAGAUCGCUAUGUCAUUGAGAUUGCAGAAGGAGAUCAGGUAACGAACUGUGAAUUCAUCGUUCAAUAUUCUAAAAAUGCGAAAUUUCUGCAGCUUCUGGAUAGAAUAAGAAAGAAUGCCUUCAAAGCUAUUGGACCCUAUUCAUCUAAAUAAAGCGAGCAAGUCAAUUUCUCUUUUAAAGAAAAAGUGAAAAUUUUUUUUUGUUUUGAUUGUUUCAAACGCAAAUAAAUGAUUCCCUACGCUAAAUUGAUUCUAACUAAAUCAAAUUAAAUUU